UCUGUCUUCCCAUAAUUCCACUACCCGGAAACAGCGCACAGUGUGAUGAGGCGCGGAAGUAUCGCGGGGGAAUUCCUCGACAUUCUGCACCUAGCCGAGCUUUUCUGGACGGUUUUAGCUCAUUUACUUUAUCAAACUCAGUUUUAACUUUCCAGCUCGGUGAGGCUGAAGAUGUUUGCCGACCUUAGCGUCUGUGGUUGACUAUAAACCGGGCCGUGUUUCCUUGGCGGAAGACCGACAGUCAGUGGAUCUGUGUUAGCGCAGUUGGUUAAACACUGUGAACGGCUUAGAAAAGGUAGUAAUNAUGGUCCAACCACAGCCGUCAGGUGGUUGCACUCUGCAGUGGGAGCUGACUGGAGAGGAGACUGUAGGUGCCGAGGGUCAAGGGUCACUGAUGGCCAGUUCGCAGGGGUCUAUGAGGGUCCCUCCUGAAUUAGCGGGAAAUGAAGUGGUUAAUAGACUCAUAGCAGAUAAUCAUCAGCUACGAGAGGCUCUAAAGCGAAGCAAUGAUGCCCUCAAAGAGAGAUGUGAAGAGAUGGAGGGGUGGCAGAGGAGGUCGAGAGAGGAGCGCGACUUCCUGAGCUGUAGAUUUCGUGAGGCCAGAGCUUUAGUGCAGCGACUGGCACAGGAAAAUCAGAGCCUGUUGGGACAGCUCAACCACAGCAUCAGUCAAACAGAGAGUCCACGUGUCGGCAUCUCUAAAGAGACUGGAAAUCAAUGCCAGGACCAAGAGCUGAAGUGCACCAAUGUCCUCAUGGACUCACCAGAAGUAUUAAAUGAAGCUGUACUGACAGACCGAUCUGAAAGAGAUGCUUACAGACACACAAUGCCUCAAAGUUUGCCUGCUGAGGGCUCUAAUGAAUUUCUGAAAUUGCUGAAAAGUCACAAAGAGAAGCUGGAGGAAGGGAUGAGGGUACUGAGGAGGAGGAAUGAGGAGCUGGAGAAGGAGAAGGCAGAGAAUGAGAAAGAGAGAGAAAAUCUCCACACCACUGUGGAGCAGUUACGCUCCAAACUCACUCAGAAUGUUGGUGUUACUGAAGAGUCAGUUCAGCAGACAUGUGCUCUCACCGUUCCUGCAGAAAGCUCUCACUUGGCUAAACUAACUGAGCAGCUUCAGGCUACACAAGGCAGGUACAGGGAGCUCCAGGAGAAGCUGGACUGCCUUCAGAAGAACUCUGUGCAGAGAGACAGAACUGAGGCUCUACUCAAACAGAAAGAGAAAGACUUUAUUCAGCUGACAAAGGAUAGUGAAGCUCUGAGAGCUCAGGUCACGUCCCUACUCGGUGAGUUGAAUGAACGACAAAACUGGCUGGAGAAAAGUGAAGCAGAGAGACAAAUUUUAGAGGAUAAGUUGUGCAAGAAGACCGAACGCCUGCAGAUUUUAGAGAGAGAUAUGGAGCAACAGAAGAAGCAGCACAGUGUGACAGUGGACAAUCUUUUACUGCAGACACAGAACCUAGAAACUGCACUGAAGAACGAGAGGCUAGUCAUAGUGGAGGAGAGGAGGAAGCUGGCCCAACUCCAGCAUGCAUACACAUGUCUGUUUCAGGAUUACGAUAAAAAACUUAAAAGUGAAAAGCAAGCCAAUCAGAGGAGUGGAGAGGCGGACACUCUAACUAACAGGUUAGCAGAGGCUGAGAAAGCUCUGGCCCUGAAACAGGAUCUCAUCGAUAAACUCAAGGAGGAAACGGAGCAGCUGAGAGCUACAUUAGAAACUAUACCGGUGCUGAACGCUCAGGCAGAGAUCUAUAAGAUGGACUUCCUGGCUGAGAGGGAAGCCAGAGAGAAACUCAAUCAAAAGAAGGAAGAGUUGCAGGAGGGGCUGAGUAAGGCAUUAGUCGAGAUAGACAGACUCAAGCAAGAAGGAACUUCACGGUACGAAAAGAGAUGGACAGAGUGACUAC